AGCCUCUGCACAGCACCUCCAAGGGUUCCCUGCUUGUGCUCUCAUGCUUUUGCCUCUAGUAUUUUACAGUGACAAAGAUGCAAACAAAGUCCUGAAAAUCCAGAAGCGGGCAAACUCAUUUUUGGAAGAGCUCAAGCCAGGCUCUCUGGAACGUGAGUGCAAAGAGGAACAGUGUGACUUCGAGGAGGCCAGUGAGAUAUAUGAAACCAGAGAAGCAACACUAGAGUUUUGGAGCAAAUAUGUAGAUGGAGAUCAGUGUGAAUCACAACCAUGUUCCAAUGGCACCUGCAAGGACAAUAUUGGAAAAUUUUCCUGCAUCUGUAACAAAGGCUGGGAGGGAGAUUUGUGCAACCAUGUGGUCAAAUACACCAACUGCUCGGUCAACAACGGGGGCUGUGAGCACUUCUGCCGGGACGACCCCGCCAACCAGCGCCGCCACUGCAGCUGCGCGUCCGGCUACCACUUGACGAGCGACCACACCAUGUGCAAGCCCGUGGUGGAGUUCCCUUGUGGAAGAAUGAAAACGGAGUACGCUGAAGCCGAAGCUGGAUUCAAAAUUCGGCUCAUUGGGGGCAAACAAGGAAGAAAAGGAGACAGUCCUUGGCAGAUUAUGCUGCAAAAUAACAAAGGGAAAUUCCUGUGUGGGGGCGUUCUCAUCCAUCCAUCCUGGGCCCUAACAGCAGCACACUGCACUGAAUCAAGAGAGGAGUACAAAGUAAGACUUGGUAAAUAUCACCGGUUCCGUACUGAGGCAGAGGAGCAAAUCAUUUGGGUUGAUAAAUAUGUGAGCCAUGAGAAUUAUACCAAGGAGACUUCUGAUAAUGACAUAGCCAUGCUGCACUUGGCUGAGCCGGUGAUCUAUAGCAAAUACGUGCUCCCUAUCUGUCUUCCCACCAGGGACCUGGCAGAGCAGGAGCUGACCAAGAAAGGGACACAAAUGGUGAUAACUGGCUGGGGCAGCACGAGCGACGUUUCCAAGAAGAACUACUCUACUGUCCUCAACUACAUCGAAAUCCCCAUGGUUCCCCGGAACGAGUGUGCCCAAGCUAUGAGAUUUGCUAUCUCUGAUAACAUGCUGUGUGCUGGGCGCUUAGGGGACAAUAAAGAUUCCUGCAGUGGGGACAGCGGAGGCCCCAUGAUCACUAAAUUCAAGGACACUUGGUUUCUGGUGGGACUGGUGAGCUGGGGUGAAGGCUGUGGAAGUCUGGAGAAAUUUGGAGUCUACACCAAAGUGAGCCAGUACCUCGAGUGGAUCCAACGCCACAUAGACCAGACGCCUGCUUCGGUUAACGGCUGA